AUGACGAGACUCCUGGAAGAGGAUGUCGAGGCAAUGAAUAGCCCAAAAGACGAGUUCGCGGACAUCGUACUCGAGGACACGGCCGGUCCAAGCUCCCACGUCCAUCCCGUCAAGGCGGGAACCCCGGGCAGACGCAGAGCUUCAAGUGCUAGCUCGGCGACAGGGAAGAUAUGGAGGUGUGAGGUUGAUGGAUGCUCUAAGGUCUUUAAAAACUUUAAUGGGCUGAAGUAUCAUCAGAGCAAAGGGCAAUGUGACUUUAACGUGCGCAAUGCUCUCCAGCAGGGACUGUCUAUCGAAGAGGCAGAACGGCAGAGCAAGCCUUGGAGCUGUAUCGUGGAAGGCUGUCCGAAGAGGUACCGUCAGGCUAAUGGAUUGAAGUACCACUAUCAACACACCGGGGACCAUGGUCUUCGCGGUCUUCAGAUGCUCAAGGACGACAAACAUCCGUCCCCGAACGACCACGUCAAGGCCGCUCUGGUCCUGAGCGGUCUCUCCGGUGCCCCCGUCCCGGCGUCAUCCAAAUAUCCCUAUUCCUCCGCUCUCCACCGUGCCCGGCAAGACCCCUCUCUUUCGCCUCAACCUGGUCCGAUGGGCACGGCCGACCCGCCUCAGCCUGGUCCGAUGGGUAUGACGAACCCAUCACCGCCCCUCGAUACAUAG